CAAAAACUGAGGCAUAAAAAAGCCAUGGAAUCGUGAGUUCCAUUCAUCAAACUGCCCUCACAACUGGGAACCAUGGUCGGGAAACUGUUUAUCUGCACUGCUAUGCUUUUUGCUGCCUGUCAGGCCACCGUUCUAAAACAAUACUGCCUGGACACAUCCGGAAACAGCCGGAGGCUGGGUGAGGAAUGGGACGAAGGGGACAAACGAUGUGAAUGCAUCCGAAGCGACCUUUUCUACAUGGAGGGAGGGAAUGACAAUUCCGAUCCCGUUAAGAACUGUCUGUGGAACGGCUGUCCCGACCCGUCAGGUGGUCCAAUACUCAAGGAUGGGGAUGAAUACCAGGACAAAUACGGCUACACCUGCACAUGCAAGUUCGGAUCAGACCCCUUUUUGGCGGAUGCCUAUACACUUUACCACGUUGAGUGCUUUCCUACUAUCGGCGUUGAAAAUUCGGAAGAUUGAAGCGCAUUUUCCAACAACGUAUAAAUAAAGUCCCACCAAUGAUUAUCGCAUAUAAUUUCUCUUUCUUGUGACGUAGAACAUCAGAUGCAUUUUGUAAACCUAAUUCGUAGCAUUCUGAAUAUUAAAAUCUUUUUUGUCAAAGAGACGGCACAUUUGAACUCCAUACAAAUUACGAAAUAACCCGCCUAGUCAUUCAGAUAACAUUCGUCUAAGAUGUCGAAGGAUUCAUUUCGUUCUCUUUGUCACGCUAGAAGAGAUUACGUUACUGCAUAAUACGAAGUCCUUGGGGUUUCCACCGUUGACUUAGUGAAAUACUCAUGAGAUUGGCGUAAAACCCCAAUCAAAUACUGCAUGAUUCAGUCUUAAUAUACUUUCUUAGUUCUUUCCUGGGUUGUGUUAAACGUUGUUUUGGGAAUUGGUCUGGCGAUUAUUGACCAGGAACGUUCACUUAGGUUGACGACAGGUAAGCGAAUGUCUGUUUCGACACAUAGAUUAUAAACUGACAGAACAGACAAAGCGAAAUACACGUCUCUGUCAUUAAUCAUGGAAAAGAGUUUAACCAUUUUGGGAAAGUGUAUAAAUAUGUAUUCUGCCUUCCUCUCCUGAACUUUCCCGUAAGUCUGCCUAUAGCCUGCGUUUGAUAGUGGGUAUUCCCUGGGCUGUCUGGUUUCAUAUUGUUGGUCACUGUGGUAUUGGUGAAAUAUUCUGGAGUACGGCGCAAAGCUGGUGGGAAUGGGCAUGUGGUUUUGGGGGCGUUUUUUGGGCAGUUUUACUCAUUAUACUGUUUGUCUUUUGUCACAUUAUGUUCAAACAAGUAUGUAAAAGUAGUACGGCAUCUUUGCAUAUAUAUACAUAUAUAAGUUCAAAUCCUCAUGGUUAGGUAGUGAUGCAGCAACUAUUGAAGUGAAAUGUUCUUUUCAAUCCAAAGACAAACGCUAACGGUACCUUAUCUCAUAUUGUAGACACUUUUUAUACGCUGUGCAAAUGACAGGAGUAUCUUGUAAAUUUAGGCACAAAUACAUUGCGCAUUGGAAAGACUUUAAAGUAAUGAAAGUACAAAAGCAUAUAUAAAAGACUACAACGUGUAAAGUAAAGCAAAGAGUGUGAUAGUUGGUAAUGUUUGUACGUUUCUGGUGAAAUACGGCGUCUUGUCGCUUUAUCUUAGUGGGGG